AUCGAAGAUCGAAAAAUCCAAAAACGGUCCCAAUCGGUGGAGUGGGCACUUAUUUUCAUCCCCAACAAUAGCAGUGUCGUUUCCCGGUUCCCGCCCAGUUCCAUUUUGCUUGCUCGAACUCCGCCAUGGGAAAUUCGUCCAAGGACGAUUCCGCCACCUCCGGCGACGCCUCCGCCGGCGACGUUCAGCCCUCCAAUUCCGCCGUCUACUCCGAUGGCGAGAAAGUCCUCGCCUACCACGGCCCUCGCAUCUACGAAGCCAAGGUGCAAAAGGCAGAGAUCAGAAAGAGUGAAUGGAAAUACUUUGUUCACUACCUUGGCUGGAGUAAAAAUUGGGAUGAAUGGGUAGGUGAGGACCGUUUAAUGAAACACACUGAAGAGAAUGUCAUGAAACAAUUGGCCCUAGACAAAAAGCAAAAUGUAGACAAGAAUGUUAAAUCUGGGCGUGGAACUCAAGCAAAGGCCAAGAGUUCUACAGAUGCCAAAAUGGAUAAAGAGGAUGUCAAGAGUAAUGUGUCAAAAGGGAAGAAACGGAAAAAUGAUGCAGUUGCUGAGAAGGGCAGUGGGACUGUGGAAAAGCUUGUCAAGAUUCAAAUUCCUGCAACAUUAAAGAAACAACUUGUUGACGAUUGGGACUCUGUUACACAGCAGGAUAAGCUUGUAAAACUUCCUCGGUCACCAACUGUUGAUGAAAUUUUGACAAAGUACCUUGAAUUCAAAACAAAGAAGGAUGGCAUGGCUCCUGAUUCAAUAGGAGAAAUUUUGAAAGGAAUAAGGUGUUAUUUUGAUAAAGCACUGCCUAUGAUGCUCUUGUACAAAAAAGAACGCAAGCAAUAUAAUGAUGCAAUUGUGGACAAUGUAUCUCCGUCAACAAUAUAUGGAGCUGAACAUUUAUUGCGCCUUUUUGUUAAGUUACCUGAGCUUUUGGCAUAUGUAAAUAUGGAGGAGGAAACAUUGAAUCGCUUGCAGCAGAAAUUAAUUGACUUUCUCAAGUUUUUGCAGAAAAAUCAAAGUACCUUCUUUCUUUCAGCAUAUGAUGGCACCAAAGUCUCUGAAGGAAAAGGAAAGGGGAAGGAUGAAUGAGAAGAAACAUUGAAUCCCUGGUCUUUAUCCUGUUGUAUUCUUGGUUGUUGUUAUAGACAAUAUCAUCUCUCCCUUGAAAAAUUCAGGGCAGAAACUCAAUUGUUGUUGUAAGAAUGUUGACUAAUUCAUUCUUUAAUUUUUAAAGUUUUUUCAA